AUGUUUCUGGCUCUCUUCCUGACCCUUUUAGGCCAAACGGUACUUGGGGUUCCAACAUGCAAACCCCCUAUCAAACCUCAAGUAGCCUGUAAAGAUCUUUCAUUACCAAAGUUCGAUGGUUUUGAAACGAAGUCGGCUCAGGGUAUUGAAGUACGCAACUAUACCUCGCCAUUCAACCCCUCAGGCUUCAACUUUUGCAACUUUACCCUUGUUCUUGGCCACCACGAUGCGGAUGAUGUUGUCUUCGUGAGCAUUUGGCUCCCACUCGACAACUGGAACGCCCGCUUCCUGGCCACUGGCGGUGGAGGCCUCGCUGCAGGCACUUUCGCCUCCGCAAUGACGGACCCAGUGUCCAAGGGGUACGCUGCCGGUUCGACGGAUGCAGGCCUUACACUGAAUAACACAAUCGACCCCAACUCCGGCAAAUGGGCCUUGAACCAAGAUGGAAGCAUCAAUACCGCUUUAAUCGAGAACUUCUCAACUCGAUCUAUUCAUGAAAUGGCCAUCAUCGGCAAGGCAGCUGUGAAGCAAUUUUACGGGACGGAUCCACGUCAUUCGUAUUACAGUGGCUGUUCUCAAGGCGGUAGGCAAGGGUAUUUUGCCGCGCAGUACAACCCAGAUGACUUUGACGGCAUCCUUGCCAAUGCCCCGGCUAUCAACACGCCUCAAGUAUCUCCUGGGGACUUUUGGCCUUCGGUUGUUAUGGGAAAUAUUGUAGCGCCACCCCAGUGCAUUUUCCGGACAUACCAGCAAGCCAUCAUCGCCGAGUGUGAUCCUCUCGAUGGCGCGGUCGAUGGUCUCAUCUCCGCCCCAGAGAAGUGCAACUUCGACACAACAAAGCUCAUCGGCGAGGAAGUUGACUGUAGUGAUACAGACGGAGUUGUAUCCAUCACUGAAAAAUACGCCGAGGUCGUAGCAAAGACCGUCGAAGGUGCUAAAACCACAUCAGGCGAUUUCUUGUGGUAUGGUAACCCUCCUGGAGCACCAUUCGACGGACUUGCCAAUACUUGGACAAGAGAUGGCAUCACUGUAGCUGUACCUUUCGCCCCUGCGGAAGCUUGGAUGCGUUACUUUGUUGCUCAAGACCCCGAUCUCGAUACGGCGUCGCUUACUUUUUCCGAGUUUGAAGAAAUCUUUAAACAGUCCGUAAACAAGUAUAAUGAUUCUUUCGGUACAGACAGUCCCGACCUCACGGGUUUCAAGAACGCCGGCGGUAAGUUGUUGACGUGGCAUGGCAUGGCUGAUCCCCUGAUUACCCAUCCGGGCACAACUCUGUAUUGGGAGAGGUUGCAGCAGAAAAUGGGAGGUCCAGAGGUAGUAGAUGAGUUCUACCGAGUGUUUCUUGCUCCUGGUGCGGGCCACUGCAGUGGAGGGUACGGGCCAGUACCGGUCGAACCGCUGUCUGUCCUUGUGGAUUGGGUCGAAAAGGGGAAGGUUCCGGACACCCUUUUUGCUGCCACAGCUCAAGGUGGUGUGAACAUGACUCGGAAUCUGUGCUCUUAUCCUCAAAAGUUACUAUACAACGGAGACGGGGAUCUUAACCAUGCUGCAAGUUUCACCUGCGUAGAUUAG